UUAUUUCUAAUUCUAAGAAAAGGAGAUAAAAAUAUAGUGCAGAACAUGUUAACUCCAAUAGCAGAGGGCAAAGAGGAAUUUGCUAUCAUUCACACUUUGGAUGAUCUUGGAGGCCGCUUCAUUAUUGUGUCGGAUGUUCACGGCUGCUUUGAUCAGCUUAUUGCCCUCCUGCAGAAGGUAAAUUUCUGCAACACGCGUAUACGUGCCAUGCCGAAUCUUUUGUAUCCAAAUGGUUUAGAUGAUGAUCGUGUUUACGAUCGUGAGGAUGUCUGUGUUUGCGUGGGUGAUCUUGUUAACAAAGGACCAAAGUCCUUUGAUGUCGUCCGUUUCUUUCGAGAUAUUGGGGCUUAUGUCGUACUAGGCAAUCAUGAUAUCAAGUUUAUGGAGGUUGUAAACGCAAUACGAGCCUCCGUUUCUUCCCAGAGGGUUAAAUUGCCGGAUAAAGUUAGAAAUAGUAGUAUGUUUGCCCUCGCAAAGCAGUGUCCGGAUGACGUCCUAGAAUAUCUUCAGCAGCUACCCCACAUCUUGCGUUUGACAAAAUUCAAAAUUCUGGUAGUACACGCUGGCCUAGACCCCUCUGUAUCACUGUCUAAGCAGCGUACAAGUGCCGUAACUCGGAUGCGAAACAUCAUGGAGCGAGGUCAAUAUAUUAAAUUAAAGAAUGAAUUCAGUCAAAUACAUCUGCAACAGAUUCCGGAAUCAAGAAACGCUCCAUCCACAAAUGACUAUGAGGGAGGUACCGUAAAGAAGAACAUCUCUUUCCUUGAAGAGCCGUUAUCGCUGUCAGGGAGCUACGCAACACUGGAGAACCAUCAGUUUGGUAAGUCUUGGGCGUGCGUGUGGGGUGAACAUGCCUCUAGUGGACUCAAUCCGCAAACGUAUGGAGAGAAGAUCAAUAGAACUUCUGAUGCGGUGGCCAUUGACAGCGACCUGAACUAUCAAGGAUGUGAUAAGAAGUGCACCAAGCGGGGAAUUGAAGUUCAGGAAGAUGUGGAAUUUCUUCCUGAAUAUAAGGGCUGGACGGUGGUAUUUGGACAUGAUGCAAAGCGGAAACUGCAGUGUUAUCCACUAACUUUUGGUCUUGAUACCGGCUGUGUAUAUGGCGGUAGUCUAACAGCCCUGAUUUUGCCUGGUUGCACGCUGCUGUCUGUUCCGGGCUACAAAGCAGAAGGGAAAUGAAAAAGGUGCAUGAUGCAACCAUAUCGAUCUAUUUACAUGAUCAUGGAGAAAUUUUUAGUAUCUUGAUAUCUCAUUAAACCAUCUUGUGUAAAGUGUUUUGCUUCCUAUUUGUUUUUGGCUACGGCUUUGUGACUAUUAAGUAGUGGUAUAAGAUCUUAUUCGAU